AUGUUGUUAAAUACAAGUUUGUUAACCUUGUUAUUAUUGGCUAUAACAACAGCUAGUCCAAUUGCCAAAAGAAGUCCAAAACAUUUAUCUUUCUCAAUUGAAAAAGAGGAGAAAAAUGAUAAUUCAAAUGUGAAAGGUAAAAGAACAUCAUCAGAAACUUUACCAUUAGAAAAUACUUCAAAUUAUGCAUAUUAUAUUCAUUUUGGAUUAGGAUCAAAUAAAACUCCAAUAAGAGCUCAAAUAGAUUCAGGUAGUUAUUCAUUUUGGGUUCCAGAAAGUACAACAGGAGAUAGUCUUAAUAAAUUUGAUGCUUUUAAAUCAACAACUUUUAAAAAUGAAAGUAAAUCAUAUGCGUACUAUUAUAAUGGAGGAGAUUCAAUUCAAGGAUAUUGGGGAAAUGAUGAUUUAUGGUUAUCAGAUACUAAUAAAUUACCAAAAUAUGAAUUUGGUACAGUUUAUAAAUAUACAAGAUCAACUCCAUUAAUUGGUAUAUCACAAUUAUCUUCAGAAAAUUAUAAUUAUAGUAUUGCAAAUUCAAUGAAAAAUGCUGGAUUAAUUGAUCAUUCUGCAAUUUCAAUAGAUUUAAGUACUUCCUCAAAUAAGAAUGGAAAUUUAUUAUUUGGAGCUAUCGAUAAAGCAAAAUAUGAAGGUAAAAUGGGUAUCUUGAAUACAACAGAUGGUUCAAAAGCAGUAAUUAAUUCAAUAAGUUUUGAAAAUGGUAAAAAUUUUAAUACAAAAACAAAAGUUUUAUUAGAUACUGGUUCAUCAGCUUCUUAUUUUAAAAAAGAUGCACUUGAUCCUAUAUUAAAUGAAAUUUCAGGUGGAAAUUUAAAUUCAAAUUAUGAUUUUGAUUGUUCAUUAAUUAAUCAAAAUAAAAAUUUAACUUUUAAUUUUGAUGGUAUAAGUAUAAAUGUUCCAUAUAGUGAUUUAUUUUAUCCUUAUGGUUCAGUAUGUAAAUCUUAUCUUGUUGUUGGUAGUAGUUCUAUAUUAUGGAGUGAUUGGGCAGUAUUAGGAGAUCAUUUUUUAAGACAUGCUUAUACUGCUUUUAAUUUUGAUACUGAAAAAGUUGGUAUUGCACAAGCUGUUCAUAAUAAUGAUGAAACAGAUUUAAUUGAUUUUUAUUUUUAA